UUGGUGCCAACACUUCUAACCCCUCGGCCCGGCUCGAUAAUCCGAGGUAAAGAGAUUAGCUGCGGCUCAAUAAAAGUUAUCCAAACAGAGUAGUGGUAGGGGUGGGGGCUGUGAAGAGGAGAGAGAGAGAGAGAGAGAGAGAGAGAGAGAGAGAGAGAGAGAGAGAGAGAGAGAGAGAGAGAGAAUCUUCCCGAUAGGAGGGGGAUGGCAAAACGGAGUUUGUGAAAACACGUCGGCCCCAAAACAGGUUUAUACAGCGGUUUUAACAAAUCCAGCGUAAUAAAGUUGGUCGGAGGUAGCUUGGUCUAGGGGGGGGGGGGGAACACAAGAACCCCCUUCUUCCUCUUGCUCACAUUCAGUCUUGAACUUGAGGUCUCGGUGGGCGCGCUCUGGGUGGGCGGUGGGUGAACAUUGACCAAAAUAACAGCCCGAAAAAGAAGGAAGCAGAAUGCUUGCGGGCGAACGUGGUCGGACAUUACUGGUGGUGUCGCCGACGUCGAGGCCGAAACUGGAAACAAAAUGAACGGGGACGAGCGUAAAAAGUGACGUCACGCCAAAACCUGGAACAACGCCUGGAAAAGCGAGGACUGAAACACCCGACGAUCGCGCAAAAUUCGGCCGAAAUUCAUAAAGGAAUCUUGAGUUUUCCAGUAGGGGAAGAAUGUGAAGACCGCUUUCCAGAGCGCUUUCCAGAGGACGAGUUGCUUGGGAUUCUGCUCCUGUCGACAAUGGACUCGGAGGCUCCGCCCAGUUCCAGCGACGCCUGGAAAGCUCUCGAUGGCGCUGUUCACCAUUUGCCGUAGCUGUGCCGAGGAUGAAGUUGCCAGCCCCCCUGCCCUAAUCCGACAUGGUUGCAAGUUUGUGACCCACCACAGUCGACUAAAUCUAGAUCCGAAAUGGUGAAUCUGCCCGGCCAUGGCUUCACUGAAGGGGGCCUCUCACUGAUGCCUCUCCCCGUCACUUUUUCGUCAGGUACCACAGACAGAGUGUAUAAGCAGGUACAUGGAAAAAGCAACAGUAGUCUAAAUAAGGUUAUACUCCUCUUCGGGGACGAUGUUCCUUGCAAAACCUCGCUCAAAGAUGCCUUUGUCAAUUACAUCUACCAGACACAGGUCAGUGAUCACUAUCGCCUUGCACUGAUAGAUGACAAUGUUCUGGGGGUGGACCCCAGGAUCAAAGCGUAUAUUUUUAACGUGGCAGAAGAAACUCUCCUCCCGUUUAACCUUAUCUUGAUAGACGUUCCAGCUCUUGGUGGUCUUCACAGCGCCGAAGCAGACAUCAGAACUCUGAUGAACUUGGAGCGUUUUUUACAAGAUGAAUUCAAAAGCACGUCAGUCAGCGCAGUGAAUCUUGUUGCGCCAUCUUCGUCCGUUUUUUUCCGCCCUUUUAUCAACACAUACAAUCUCCUCAAUCUUUCUUUUGAAAAGUUAGAGACACUUGCACAGAUACUGGUUACAAACUCCCCUACUCACAUGCCUUUCGUCAGCUCCCUUAGAAAAGUGAAGAUCUCCUACAAUAAUUUAUUUACGUUCUACACCGAAGGUCAGAGAUCAGACGAGGAUGACCAGUUUCUAAGUCAAAUAUUCCUCCACUAUGACUACCCAGGAGUGGAUGACUUCUUCCAGGAGCUGAAAUCGAUUCCACCGUCAAAUAUGUCACUGGUAAGAAAGGUUGAUGCCGGCUAUGUCAACCCAGCAGACAUUGCUCGACUCAGAGUAGUCAACCAGUUCUCAGAGACCAGAGGGCACAGGUUUGGUUUUGGUUUUCGACAACUGUACAUGAAAGAGACCUUCAAAGAUGAGGCCAACAGAACUCGAGUACUGUCUAUAGGCAAAGACAAUGAUAACCCCAACAAAGUUAUCCUAAUCGUAGGCAACAAGCUGUCAGGAAAGACUACAGUCGCAACAGCUGUUGCAAACCACAUUUUUGGAGUAAAAUUUCAGGACAGUUUCCGUUUGCUCAUUGACGAUGACUUAGUCAGCAGGUUUGGGAAAGAAGAUAACCUAAAGGAAACGACGAGGACAACAGCUUAUUGCUUUAACCACAUUCAGGGCCUUCGACUGACCUAUAAUCUCCAAAUUAUAGAUUCCGCAGGUUUUGACUGUGAUGAUGUACAGUUCAACAAGACAGUCGUGUCAAAGGUAGCUAAUCUAUUGAAACAACUCUGUAAGACGGACAGCACUACAAUGUUAGUCUUCACAGCACCAGGUAUGCAAGAUAACCUUCCGGGUUCCUUUAAAACCAUCCACAAACAACUCCUGCGUCAUACUGGCAUAGGAACGGAUAAGAUGUUUUUCCUUGAUGCCUAUGCACCCACUCUGAGGUCCCCUGUUCCGAAAGCUCUGAAGAAAUUAGAGUCGUCUAAAAUUAAGGUUUUCAAAUUUGACUCACGAACAUGUUUUCCAAGGGAAAAAGAACCAAACCACAAAGAGAAGUACAAGGAAAUUAUUAACGACAUGAAUUGGGAAAUAGAACAUCAAACACUGGAGAAAUUCUUCGGCAAACUUAAGCUGUAAUUAACAUAACUAUGAUAGUAGUAUUUGUACAAUAACCGUUUAGGAAAACUAUAUCAUUUCAGAUUAGAACAAACUUCUUCUUAAUGCGACAUUUACCCUAUUCUCGUCAAAACCUCAGAUCCAUAAUCUGGAUUGUCAGUGUUCAGAACUCACAGGUCAACGAACUGAAGAUAUGACAGCUAAGCAAAGAAAAGGUGGAUACAAUUCCUUCGGUAUUUUAUUGCUUAUGGAAGAAGUCUAAACACCUUUGCAUUAUGAGGUUUUAUGAUCUACCCCAAUAUGUUUACCCUGUUAUGCAGACAAGAAUAUAUACCACUAUAUACGACCUAUAAAAGCCAAUAUACAGGAACAGUGAAAAAAGUAUAGGGCCAUAUUUGAUCAAAUUAUCUCCACCAUGCAAGCACGUCGACUGUGGAAACAGUAAGAAGUUUCUAAUGUUAUGGGACGAUAAUACCCCCCAUGAAUCUUUAGUGUCCACAUAAAACCUUUUACUCUCUGUGGAUGCAAUAUUUUGAGUCGUCUGUUGUUAUUUAUUAAACUUGUAAUGCAUCUUGAUGAUGUUUGUUAUUACAAUAUUACAAUGAUUCAACGGGAUUUUGCGGUAGACUUGCUAACCGACUCUUUCACACAAGCUUUAGACAUCGAGAUCGGUAUGUUGGUCAUCAUUUUGAGUAUUGUCGUUGCGAUUACUAAGAGGAGUGGUUCAUCGUGAUAACUGGCCAACAAUAGCAGAAAUAAAGAUCCAUAAUUAUCAAACAGAAAAUACUAACAUUAUUGCAGUUACUCAGCAAACCACAGAGGGUCCAAGGAUUCCCGAUAUUGACAGUCGCUAACAUGAAUCAUCCUUUCUAUACAUGAAAUUAUUAUUUUUUGUGUGAAUUUCCGUCUUCUAAACUGCUUUUUGAUACAUAGGGGAACAAACACAUUUGAGGUUUUACCUAUCUUUCUGAAACACUUAAUAAUGUUAGAGCACUAAGAUGGAAAUGAGCGGAAGUGUAUAUUCCAAGAAAGUUCUUAAUGAAUCAAGCUGAAAUGAUAUGUUUGGUCAGGGGAAGUAUAUUAUUGUUAAUAUCUAUAAAUGUAAAGAUGAUAUAGUUGAGAGAUUUUUUUUUAAAUUUCAUAUUCACUUUUAUAUGUAGCAAAUGGAGAACAAUAUUUACAGAUUUACAGAAUCAUAUACCUAAAUGUAACGAGUAUAGAUGAAAGACAAAAGUAGGUUAAAGAGAAAGUAAAGUGUAUCUUAUUGUUGCAUCAUCAAAAGGGAACUCGGACCUAAGACUUAGGUUCGAAGCGGGCCCCAAACAAACACGCCCCCUCCCCCCCGCCCCCCCUCACACGCCCCCUUUGCGACAAGGCUUUCCUAUAUCUUGAGAAAGCCUUGUCAACAGAGGUUCCGACAUAUCAAUACAUUUCACAUCACUAACUAUUUGGUCUACUCAGAAUAGUAUAGCCUAAUGCGAUUCCUACCAAAUCUUGCUGUCUCAGAAAUUACAAGGUCCCAAGAAAAGGAGUCAUGCAUUUGAGUAUUAAAAAAAUUAGCCCUAUUAAAUGCACGCUUGAAUCCACUUCCUGGCGAUUAGCUUCUUUAAGAGGACAUCUAGAGCCUUUCAAAAUGUCUGCUCCUUUCUGAUAGAACGAACAGACUAACAGUGCUUUAGAAUAAAAACGGGAUAGAGGAAAAAUGACUCGCCUAAUAUAACAUUACGGCCAACAAAUUUAGCAUUAAUGAUCAUUUAUAGAGAUAAGAAAAAUUUCAGAAUCUUAUUGAUAAUAAUAUUAGCUACACAACCUUGUAAAAGCUUUUCUUUUGUCAAUAAAAGUCUGCCGUUAAA